AAAUGAUCCCAGAAGACGCGCCCAGAGUGACAGUCCUUUUAGUUAUUCUUCUUCCCAGUAAUCCACAAACCCUAGAAAAUUUUCUCAAGAAAAUCCGAAUCACGAUUCUGGGCAUUGUGGAGGAUUGACAAAAAUGAAGGGAGGUACGAUACAGAUAAGUUGGCACGAUGGGAAGCCGGUGCUAACCGUAGAUUUUCACCCGAUUUCCGGUUUACUCGCCACCGCCGGAGCCGAUUACGAUAUCAAGCUAUGGUUGAUAAAUUCGGGUCAAGCGGAGAAGAAGGUUCCUAGUGUAUCUUAUCAGAGUAGCCUUACUUACCAUGGAUGUGCUGUCAAUACCAUUCGUUUUUCUCCAUCUGGGGAACUACUUGCCUCGGGAGCAGACGGAGGUGAGCUUUUUAUAUGGAAGUUGCAUCCUAGUGAAACCAAUCAGUCCUGGAAAGUUCACAAAUCAUUAUCAUUUCAUCGAAAGGAUGUCCUGGAUCUUCAGUGGUCUCCUGAUGAUGCAUAUCUUAUUUCUGGCUCAGUGGACAACUCUUGCAUUAUAUGGGACGUUAACAAAGGUUCUGUCCAUCAGAUACUGGAUGCCCAUUGUCAUUAUGUUCAAGGUGUUGCCUGGGAUCCCUUAGCAAAGUAUGUAGCCUCUCUUAGUUCAGACAGAACAUGCCGUAUAUAUGCCAAUAAGCCUCAAACAAAGAGUAAAGGUGUUGAAAAAAUGAACUAUGUUUGCCAGCAUGUUAUCAUGAAAGCAGAUCAGCAACGGGGUGAUGAAACUAAGACAAUAAAAACCCAUCUCUUUCAUGAUGAGACAUUGCCGUCUUUCUUUCGAAGAUUGUCAUGGUCACCUGAUGGAUCUUUUUUACUCAUUCCAGCAGGUUCUUUCAAGGUUUCACCCACAUCCGAAGCUGUAAAUGCUACCUAUGUCUUUUCUAGGAAGGACCUUUCAAGACCUGCACUGCAGCUUCCUGGCGCCAGCAAACCGGUUGUAGUGGUUCGUUUUUGCCCUGUUGCAUUUAAACUCCGUGGUUCAAGUUCUGAAGAGGGUUUCUUCAAGCUUCCUUACCGUCUUGUCUUUGCCAUUGCAACUUUAAACUCCGUGUACAUAUAUGACACAGAGUGUGUCGCUCCAAUUGCAGUCUUAGCAGGUCUCCACUAUGCUGCAAUAACCGAUAUAACAUGGUCACCUAAUGCAUCGUAUCUGGCACUGUCCUCACAAGAUGGCUAUUGCACACUAGUUGAAUUUGAAGAUAAAGAACUAGGAGAAGCUGUCUCCAUUUCAGGUUUGCUCUUAGUCCUUUCACUCUUGAACCUUCCAGAACCCGAUUGACCCAUCAAUCCAACUACAGUUGGAAAGAAACCUGUUGAUGGUGAGGAGAAAAAGCAUGAUUUAGAGAAAGGCGAUGAACUAAUGACAGAAACAACACCAGACGAGAGCAAGAAACAAGCUGAAUUAGAACAAAACGAAGAGAGCAAACAGCCAUUGCCAAGCAAAAUUACCACGGAUGGUAAGGAAAAAGAGCAUAUUAUGCAGAAAACCGAUGAUGAAGUAAUGACAGAAACAAGACAUGAGGAAGAGAAUCAGCCAUUACAGAGCAAAGUUAACACACCGGUCUCAAAUAAACCAGCAAGGAAACGCAUCACACCCAUGGCUAUUGACCCCUGAUGUCGUCAUUUUCCAUCAGUGUUUUUUUUUUAACUCUGAUACAAAUAGCUUUCUCAUAGGCUACAUUUAGACAUCAAAAUGAAUCGUAUUGACGGCCAUGUUGGAAAUGGACUUGUUUCUUUAGUCAUACGUCUCGUCUCUAAAGGCAAUGUACAUAUAGACACAUGUAUGAACGUUCACAUGAGAUGGUUUUGCGUACAUUGUGGAUCAUUAUUGGGCUCGUAUUAAUACAUAAGUUAGUU